AUGGGAGACAGCCCCGAGCUGGUUCCCACCGAAGUGGCAACCGACCUGGAAUCUGACGACAUGCUUCCUGUGGGACUACCCCAGACUGCUUCUGAGCAAGUUGCUACGAACGGUGCACUGGAAGAGGGCGCAGCAAGCACUAAUGUGUUUGAGCCAAACGCCCGAACUCCUUUUGCGGCCGUACCGUUCGCACCACAGUUGCACAUGUAUCGACAGAAUUUCCAGCAAAACAUCAUGGUCGGUGAAUCUCCGGAACAAACCAGAUCGCUUCUCGGUGAACUUGAAAUUGAAGCAGAAAACAGACACCAGAGGUUCCGCCAGGCUGCCGAAUAUGCUCAUGAUCAAAGAAUCGCUAAUGUUGAAGAACGAGCAAAUCGACAGCAUGAGGAGAUCGUUGCACAGCUCGAAUCCGAGAUUGCCACACAACGAUAUCAGUUUAUCGAAGCCAAUCAUCAUCUCGUGUCAGAGCUGCGACAACAACACCAAGUCAUCGCUUUCCAAACGGAACAUUUUUCCAGCGUUAGUUCGCAGAUCACGCAACUUCGAACAACUUUAAUCGAAGAAGCAGAGGAGAACAAAACACAAACCCUCAAUGAGGUGGGAGAGUGGUUUGGUAGGGAACAUGACCAAGCAAUGCAGCAGUAUAGGUUGCUUGCCCGCGAGAGUGAAGAGGAAAUGAGGCGUCAAAAUGAUGUUCUUCAGGACGAACUCUCCUCAGCUGAGCGUGCGCUCAAACUCGAGCAGGACAGGAAUGCUUCUCAGGACACUGCGUCCCAAGCUCAGUUCCCUCCGGCCGUGACCCCAGCAACGGUACCGCAAAGUGCCGGCCUCAAUGUGCCGACAGCUCCUCAGUUUUCAUCGCCAAGCGUGAUCCCGCUCAGCCUAAGAGCAAUGUUUUCCGGUUUUGGUGGUGCGGCAACUACUGCCACACCAGCGGGGCCACAAGCUCCAACACAAGCCCCGGGAACCCCUGUGCCCCCGACUGGCUUAGGUGGAGGAGUGUCUGGUCUCGCGGCCCCAAUGGGCACGCCGGCUAGUCCGGCAGCCACUGGAGUUGAUUUAAUCGCACAGACGCAACAAGCGUUGCUGGAAGCCGCCAAACUCCUCAAGGGAGACAAAGGCGGCGAAGAUGACAAGCCAAAGGCGGAAGGCCGCAACGCCCUCCGUCAAGGAGUGGCCGGGGAAGAGAUCGCUCUGCCGGAGAAGGACAGGAGAGCCGCAUGCUGCAUCUCGAUUGCGGCUGCAGCCUCAAUCCGUCCCGAGGGAGAUGACCCACAAGAUGGAGAGAAGGACUACUGGGAAGUGGAUUUCAAAAGGGGUGAAGCAAUUCGACAUCACCUGAACUACAGAAGUACUAUGUACAAGCCUGAAAUGUCAUGCCCUGUUGCUCUUGAAAAGUUGAAAGGUACGGCCAAGGUGAUCAAGACUCUUCCCGUUGCUCCCUACACAGCAAAGGAGAGUUGGGAUUGGAAAGGGGGAAAAGGGGGGACGAACGACAAGACGCCAUGGACUGGCAAGACUGUGUUCAAAAUCAAAGAACAAAACAAGAAGGUCAAGUUUUGUGAAAAGCCCAAAGUCAGGGAAAUUCCUUUUGAAGGGAAGGGGUACAAGCAUUCCUACAAAGUUCGCAGGUACAACACUUGCUAUGCCGAUGCGGAAAAUUGCCCCAAACCUGACAACAAUGACCUUCAGGCUUUCGCAGGAGCAGCAGAGGACCGAGAUCCAGUGGUCGAGCACCCCGAUCCUGAGAUCUCAGCAGCCAUCAAUGAGGAGAGCCUCCGCAAGCCGGCCCUCUCAGAUCAGGACUGCUCGUGGGGAGGCACAGAUGGUGCCGGACCACGCGCCCCGCCUGGGGAUUCGCCGGACGAGCCUUUGCCUCCGCCCGGUGUGCCUGAUUUGGACGGCUCCGAUUUGAAGGAUCGUUUGUCCGAGUACUUGGACCAAGUGGCUAAGGAAAACGAGGACUAUGUUCCUGAAGAUGUCGGAGCUGUGGAGGCACAACGGGAGGCUGACAUUGAAAGAUUCGAACGUAAGAAGGCUCGUGAAGCCGAGGAGGAUGCUCGCAAGGCCCAUUUCGGGAAAGUCUUUGAGAUUUGCUCGGUCAAGGGGGAUGAACUCCCGGACGGGCACCCCCAGAAGAAAUGGAAGGGUCGUAGCGUUUUCCAGGGCAACAACGUCCAGGCAUCGAAACGUGGGUCCGUCUUCCUCGAAACAGAUGGCCAAAAGAAUGGUCUGGGUAUGAAGAUCCUGUUUGUGAUUGACAUGGAACCAGCCGAGGUCUUGGGACGGUACUUCGGGUGUCAUCACGUCGAGCAAAAUCAGGUCCAGCUUUCACGGGAGGACCACCCAUUCGCCUACGUCUUCGACAAGAAGCACGCUAGCCCAGCUGCCGACUACCAAGUCCGGCCGAAUCGCAAAGAGGACUUUUGGGAGGUCGAUGCUGAGUUAGCUGCAGUCGUUAGGCAUCACAUCUAUCCCCGUAGGAAACUUUAUCAGGACGACGUGUCGAAGUUUCCCCACAUAAGCUGUCAACGAAUCACGGUGUUUGAUGAUGGUAGGGACCCUAUCCAUGAUGACUUGAAGCAGGGGGGCCCCGCGGACCAAUCAGGACUCCCACUAAGGAAGGCAUGGAUCGUUGCAUCUUCUGUUCCAAUGCAGCGGCUGGCAGCUCAUAGGUGUGACCACAAUCACAAACAUGGAGAGUCUAGGGGCAAGGACCUUAGGAACUCUGAGAGCUACACCUACGUCAUGACUGAUUGCAUUCACCAUGACUGGAAAGUGUUUUGUGACAGUCUUUCGAAACAUUCCGCAUGUGCUAUCAACACGUUGUCGCAAACUCGCACCGAAACUAGCACGUGUGAUUUCGAGACUACAAACACCUUAGUUGCCUGCUGCGCCAUCGCGGCAGUCCACUGCUCGCCGAACAUGGAGCGAACCACCGCUGGCAUCGUUGCACCAACGGAGGUGCUUUUCAGCUGGUGGGCACGUCGUCUCACUGAGACCGCUCUUUGUUCGGAAUAUCGGACCAUGGCAGCACUGGAGGACGGCGAGCACGCCGUGAACGAGUUUUACAAAUAUGUGCCGCGUCCUGUACUUUGUGAAUUUGCCUUCAAGAACCCCGCGGAAUGCGGGAAUGUGGCAAAAGUCGGCUUACUUAGUGAUCAAGGCCUUGCCAUGCUCCAGCCCGAACACAUUCGUGGCCGCUUGCGCUCAUUGAUCAUCGUUGCUGACUCGUCUACCACUUUCCUGACUGAGGGGAACUACAAGACCGAUUUGCUCGCCGACAUCACUGUCAACCGCACCAAUGUGUUUCCCGACUUUCAAGGAGUCGAGUACAUCCCGUCAUGGGGGUCCAAUCUCACGCGGCUGGUACAGCUCGCCGUUGACAAGAUCAACAUGUGGGAGAGGGCUGGUGCAAUCGACAAGACCUUGUCGGUGGAUGUGAUGAUCGUCUGGAACGCAAAUGAACUUGUGGGCGAAAAGGGGCUGUUCUUGGAUCCGAACUAUAAACCUUCAACAGAGCAUUGGAGGGGAAAGCCGCAUGUCGCGCAAGGACAGUGGAGCUUCAUAGGCCCCAAAAUUCUGCGUGAGUUGCACAAGCUCAAGGAACUCCAGAAGCGCCCCCACGUUGGUACCGUCCUCCUCACCUCUGCGACGGACCACAAGGCCUACUUUCUCCCGAGAGAGUGGGGCACUUUGAUGGAGGAGAUCCUUGACUAUGCCGCCCAGAUGGGGCUGGCCGUGAAAAACUUCAAUGUGCCUGCAACCCAAAUCAGGAAGUACGACUCAUAUCACUUCCUUGAGGACACCAAUCAUCGACGGCAACUGCUUCGGUGGAUUGGAGCCACGGCUCGAAUCAUGGUGCUGCGCCAUCAAUGCUCGUUUUUCCGCACUGAGGACCUGGAUCGCACACUGGUGAAUUACCAGCACGUCCCGCGACCGAAUGCUCGGUUCGCCGUGGGCGCGCAGAUUGACGACCAGAUCUUCAAGAGGCUGCAGAGGACGAGGGCAAGAGAGGUCUACCAGCCACUGGUCGAGGCCGAUCCGUGGGACGACGUCUAUUUUGAUGGCCCGGCGGAGAGCUUCCCAUCUGGGGCACCAAUCCGCCUGCAGGACCGCGAGUUCCCCAACAUGGUCCGAUUGGAAAGCGGCGAAUACGUCCCAAGGUCCCAAUUCGAGGCUAGCCAGCAAGAAGCAGUCGACAACGCCCCCCGCCCUGGGGAGGCCGUCAUCGCUGCAUCGCGGGCUGCAACAAACCGGUACCCUGAGGCAACCAAGCAACGUUUGCUUGGGCGCGGCGAGGUGUUCGACAAAGCAUCGUCUGCAUCUUCUACAGCCGCAGCCGCAGAGAUUGGGCCAUCACAGCCGAAGAAGGCGAAGACCAGUGGAAGCGGCGACGAAGUUAUCCCCACAGGAUACCUCAGGGUGUCCGAUGACUUCCAGCUCGUCGACAUGUUGGGCCUUGAUUGGGACACGAUCGCACAACGCCCAUCUGAUGAUGAGGCCGACUGGGUGAUCCUGUCCCCUGAGGAUCUCCCCAAUUUUUCCACUGUGCCAAUUCCGCGUGGGACUCGGAAUUAUGUGACCGGGGUCGUUAGGGGCAAAAUCUACGACGACAUGCACGACUCGGAGCUUUGGUGUCGGAAACUGAUGCCCCUCAAUCUGGGUUUUACUCUUCCCGCCGGUGGAGACGAACCACAAGAUACCGUGGAGGUCAUCUACGAGCUCGAGGACGAGGAGCCUGAAGACGUUGCGAUCAAGCCAAUCAUCAAGGUCGAGCUCCCAGUUGCGGCGGAUGCUUUGGGUACAGACGAAGAUGUUCCCGAAGGCCCGAGGGUGACGUUCAACACCGACAUUGACAUCCAGGAGAUUUCGCCUACUAGGUCGACUGCUGGAUAUAUCGAGAUCGUCGCUGGUGGCGAUGCAGAUGUUGGUGCAGCAUCCUCUGGUCAAGCGGCUGGUACUCAGCGCGCCGGGAGCCUGCCAGCUGUGGCGCGUUUCUGGGUCGCCUCUCAACCCGCUGCUGUGGCGCAAGCUGAGUUAAUAGGCCAGACGGCCGAGGUCUCCGGUUCUGUCAAAGCCCAGCUUGUUCCCUACAGCCUGUCGGUGGACGACCGUCGCCUCUCCAUGUGGGUGGAGGCUGGCAGUUUGCAGCCCACAGAUCCACGGGUGGAGCUCGCCAUGCGGGAGCAAGCUGUAGCAGUGCGGGAGUACGACAGCAAUUUGAAACAGCAUUCGUUGGAGACGCGCGAAAGGCGUGUCGAGGAGCUCGAGAAAGCCUUGUCCGAGAUGCACCAGCUCUACUUGCAGGGCCUGGCAGAGCAGCAGUACCUUGCCAAGCAUCAAGAGGAGGUCAUGAUGGAGGAUGCGCUGAUCUCGAGUGUAGAGGCAUAG